UAUUAUUCUUCCUCUCUCUCGAUGACAAUAACACAAGUCUCAUUCUAGAUCUAUAUGCCCUAGACUUCUGCUUUUACUAGACUAGACUAGAAGCGCACUCAUCAAAUGCACAGAUUAUGGACCCCCUCUCUCUUGCGACCAGACUUCACCUGGCCCUGCCCGAUGCAGUCAACAAUACGCAAAUCAACUCCCCCAGUACCAUCUAUCCCCGGGAGAACUAGACGAAGGCUCUGGGGCCUAUUCCACAAACUGCUCUAUCGUUUCUCAGAAUGGUACUGUUCCUGGUUCGACGUGUAUUUUGAUCCGCAUAUUGUGCAAUUACCCUUUGGUCUGGUCAUGAAGUGGACAGACCGCACAAGCAUCGAGGAGUGCGCUGCCAUGCAAAUGGCUCGAGCGGCUGGGAUGCCUGUUCCCAAAGUGUUGGCCUGUGGAGAACACCCAAACGAUCCAUACAAUCGUUUCGUUUCAAUUUUGAUGACCAGGUUGCCUGGUAUUUCGCUUGAGAACUCGUAUAGCUCUUUGGAUGUGGACUCCGAAGAACCAUGGCUUUUUGAACUGAAGCAAUGCGUUGAAGCUAUGCGUUUGUGGUGCCCACCUGAUCCUUCACGUAUAAGCUCGGUCAUUGGCACCGCUUUACGAAGUUCUCGGGUGCCUAACCACAUCAUGGGCCCGUUUGCAAAUGAAGAAGAGUUUCACGAUUUUCUUUUAAGUCCCGCUUCUAGAAACGGAUUCAAGUCGACUGAGGAAUAUGAGAAAACACUGGAGCAUGCAAACGAAAUCCGCAAGUUACCCCAUCGAAUUACUUUUACGCAUGGUGAUCUCAAGGCGCAUAAUAUCCUAGCCGGAGAUGAUGGCCAUUUGAGCGGUUUUCUCGACUGGGAGUCUGGUGGUUGGUACCCCGAGUACUGGGACUUUACAACUGCAAUGAGAUUUGGCCGGAACAGCUGGUGGUAUCAGUUGGCUUCAUGGAUGGGAGGAGAUCAAUACAACAAGGAAUUGGCAUGUGACAUUGCGCUGAACCGAUUGACCGUUGACUCUUAUAUAGCUUUCUGAAGAGUAGAUCAGUCUCAGCGGGAUCUGAGUCUUUUCUACCAUAUUUUUUCGUCAAUUUCACACUUGGCCAACUUCAAGCACAUUUCAUUCUGAUCCUCAUCGUUUGCGGCAGUUCUUCUCUUUCGCCAAAGAGUUUAUAUUGCUAAGAAAACAUUCUCCAUUUCAAGAUAUCUAGGAAAGUG